ACGAUAAGAUUCUAAUAGUAGGAAUCGCUUCCAUAACUAGCAGACGACUAAGUCUAGCAGACAGCGCAUAGCUAGCGUCGUUCGCGGGCGCUUGUGACUUUGUUUCAAAAUCGAAAAUUGUUGAACAUCAAAAGAUACGGUUUUUGUAAACGAAACUGAAGAGUUAAUUGUGAAAAAAAUAGAAAUCAAUCGAAAUGGAUCCCGAAGCAUUCCUGGAUAUGGCCAAUCAGGUCAUUAAAUUGAAAAUGUUUCCGUACUUUGAUAUUGCACACUGCGUACUCUGUGCAUUACACGUCAGAGAAGAUUUAGGACCCGGUGCUCAAGCAUUUUCUCGGAAACAUCCUCUAUCAUGUUGGCUUUCAACAAUGUUGGUAGUAUUUGCAAGUGGUAUGCUAUGCAAUGGUCUUUUAGGAGAACCUAUUCUUGCACCUUUAAAAAACACACCACAAGUAAUAGUAGCAACCAUUGUUUGGUAUGUGAUAUUUUAUACACCAUUUGAUAUUGGAUAUAAAAUUGCUAAAUUUUUACCAGUAAAAAUUGUAUGUGCUACUAUGAAAGAAAUAUAUAGGUGUAAAAAAGUAUAUGAUGGAGUAACUCAUGCAGGAAAACUUUAUCCAAAUGCAUAUCUUAUUAUGGUAUUAAUUGGAACACUCAAAGGAAAUGGAGCAGGUUUUACAAAACUUUUUGAACGACUUAUACGGGGAGUGUGGACUCCAACUGCUAUGGAAUUUAUGCAACCUAGUUUCCCUACAAAAGCAUCAAUGGUUGCAUCCAUUAUUUUCGUCCUAGACAAAAAGACUGAUCUUAUUUCGGCACCUCACGCACUAGUUUAUUUUGGUAUCGUUAUUUUCUUCGUGUAUUUCAAGCUAUCAUCUAUACUACUUGGAAUUCAUGAUCCAUUUGUACCAUUCGAAAAUCUAUUCUGUGCGUUAUUCCUCGGAGGAAUUUGGGAUUCGUUAGCCAAAUUGCUGGGCCGAGGCCAAGCUAAAGACGAGAAAGCAGAUGCCAAAAAAAAGGAUUAAAUGUACAAUUUCUCCAAAAUGGAUUUUAAUAUUUGCAAUGAUUUAAUUCACUAAGAAUCAAUGAAUGAUAUUAAUUUAAAUUAGUCAAACGAUAUUCGCAUGUUUUAUUAAAUAUGACCAUGGACAAAUCAUUAAAUAUUGAAAGUACAAUAAUUUAUUAAACAUAUUUUAAUAAUUAUAAGUGAUAUAUAUUGAGGAGUAUGACUUCCAUUAUUAAUAAUAUCAACAGUAUUAUUUCUGUUGAGAAUAUAAAACUUGUUAAUAUAA